CUUAACAAUUCGUCAUAAAAAUUUGUCUGCUAGUGUGGUGGACGUGUGUAGAUGUGGUAAUCUGUUUUCAGGAGUUUUAAGUUAUGAUGUUUGAAAAAUAUGCAUGGAAUUGUGUGUCCGAUGCAAUAACUUGUUCAAUGCGUAAUGAAGCCAGAAAAGUUUGGAAAUCCAUAGCAAGUUUUCGUUCCCCUUGUAUCGGUGCACAUGGUCAAAGAUGCUAUACAACAAACAAAACAAAGACAGGUAUAUUGCUGAUGAAUAUGGGUGGACCUGGAACAGUGGAGGAAGUGGAAGGUUUUUUAACCAAUCUUUUCACAGACACUGAUAUCAUGCAACUUCCAAUGCAAAACAAAGUUGGACCUCUUAUUGCUAGAAAAAGAGCACCAGGUGUAGCUAAAAAAUAUAGUCAGAUAGGUGGUGGAUCACCUAUUUUGAAAUGGACUAACUUACAAGGAACAUUAAUGACAGAAUUAUUGGACAAGAUAAGUCCAAACACAGCUCCUCACGAGCAUUAUGUUGGUUUCCGUUAUGCCAAACCUUUAAUGGAGAAUACUUUAGCUGAAAUGGAAAAAGAUGGAAUUCAGCGUGCAGUUGCUUUCUCUCAGUAUCCUCAGUACAGUUGCAGUACUUCUGGAAGCAGCUUUAAUGCUUUUUAUCGAUACUACUUGAACAAUAAAUCAUCCAUGAAAUGGAGUUUUAUUGAUCGUUGGCCUAUUCAUCCGAAGCUUAUUGAAUGCUUUGCUGAUCUUAUCACAAAAGAGCUGAGUUCUAUUCCAGAGGAAGAUAGAAGGGAUGCUGUCAUACUCUUCACUGCUCAUUCACUGCCAAUGAAG